UCGGCAGACCUCCGUGAACACAAAGUCUACGUUAAAUUUACGAAAAACAACAUUACGUAACAACAAAUACGUACUCUGAAGUUUUAAAUUUUUUAUUUCACUCAUUUAAGUUUCAACAAAAAAUAACCAUGAAAAUAGAUGUAGCGAAAUUAAUAAAUGAAAUCAGCAAACACCCAGAGAUCUACAAUCCAGAUCACAAAGAUUUUUCUAAUAAAGAAAUAAGGAACAACAUUUUUAAUACUGUCAUCAAUAAAGAUAUGAAUGGUAUAAACGGCGAAAUUCUGCAGCGCAAGUGGGACCAAAUAUUAAACAAGUAUGCUAAUUUUAUUAGAAAACUGAGCAACGACGAUUCGUCUGAAAGGGUUUUGGAACGAUUCAUGAAAUGGCCGUGGACGAAGCCUAUGCGUAUCUUUAAACCGUAUGUUCGCAAACAAUUCCAAAUACCUGAAUUCCAAUCCGCGACACAGCUGAUACCUGAAAUGGGCAUGCCACACAUCCCGAUAUCGACUCUUCAGCCUUUGCACACGAUACCCAUUAUAAACAGCCUGUCUGGUGAGGACGCGAUGUCUGGCUCCGAAUUUCCGUUCCCGCUACCCACUGGGCAGGGACCGGUGCAGGGUAACGGUCCCGCCGAACAGGAGCUGGCAGUUCAAUAUGCACAUACGCUGUCGGCGCCGACGACCUAUGAAGGAUUUUCGAAUGCAAUCGAGACGCUAGCCACUCCGAGACCCGCAGUCACCCAACUCACUCACCCGAUACCGGAGCCUAGUCUCGAGAUACCACAAGCGAGUACGGUGGAAAUCAUGGAAAUCCCAGUCAUGUCUAAUAUUGAGUUCAUGGGUCCCGAUAUCUUGCGGCCAAUACCACCGUCACAAUUGCCGCGGUUUUUACAGGAAAAUAUGAACGGCAUCAGGUCACCGUCGUCGUCGGCACGUAGUUCCACUGACGACGAUGAUGGUUACAACCAUCUGGGGAGGAGUAUCACAGCCGCCAUGAUUCAAGACAUUCGAAGGAUGAUAACUAUCGGCCGGUUCCCCGGCGACGAUGAAGAAAAUGUCGACGAUGAGGAGGACGAAGACGACGAAAGCGCGGAAGAUGACGAGAUCGCGACUGACGAGGAGGCGGAGUCGACUGUAGAUGAUGGGCCGUCCAGUGCCAAAAAAAUACGGCGACAGGAACAGUCCGGCGAAAACAGCGACAAAGGUGAUAAAGGCUGCACAGGAGCUGACGGUGAUACAAGCCACACGGGAGACGACGAAGAUGAUGGUCAGUCGGACGUUCUACCUGAUCUGCCACAGCCCAAGCCGGUGAUCAAGAGAGGACCGUCGGAUUUCAGUGCGCAGGAGCACAUAUUUCUCGCCUGGGCCAAGACGAUGAGCACAUUUACGGCCAAACGACAGGCUACAAUUAAAAUGCAAAUCAACAAAAUUAUGUCUGAGGCUGAAUUCGAAGAUUUGGACGACGAAUUUUUUGCAGCCAACAGAAAGCCCCGUCGGCCUAUUUACACUUCACGCUAUUGAAUAAAACGUUUGUUGUAUUCCGAUCAGAAGUUGAGGCCUCAGAUGUAUUUCUGCGGAACUCUCUCCAAUAACAUUCCAUCACCGAAGAUUGCAGCGCUACGCACUUUUCGUUACUUAAUAUAAAUUAUAAUUAUUAUUAUAUAGGGUUUACGCAUUUAUCAAUCGUGCAUUUGCGCGUGUUUAUUAUAAAUUAAUUUCUUUAUUCGUUUCGAUGUUACAAUUUACUUUAUUAAUAACAAAAAGUACCUAAUAAAAAAAAAAAUAACUAGGUAAUAAUAAAUGUAUAGGUAAUAGAAAUAAUUAUACUUACGUUUAAAUUAAGUUGAAUUAUGUGUUGGAACAAUGGAACCAGUGCCGCAACUAAGAUUUUUCGAAAAAGGGCAAUUUAACCAUCGAAGUAUCCAACAUCAUUACCUACCUAACUUAGUUGCUAGUUAAAUGUCGAUACUUCGAGAGAUAAAGCAUUUGUUAAUAGGUACCUAUCAAAUAAAAAAAAAAUACUCGCACUUAGUUUGAGACUCAAUCCAAUUGAUUUAUAGAUGAUUAAUUAUUUUAACAAAACUUCCAAAACAGGAAUCAUUCCUAGUUAUGUACCUACCUAUCUAUUACAUAACUUUACAAAAUACUAAAUAGGUAUAUAGGUAUACCUAUUAUAAUAAUAGUGAAUGUCACAAACUAUAAACAUAGGUACCUAUGUCACAUAAAAUAUCGAAAAUACCUACUUAGGUAUUAAACAAAUUUCAUUUUUCUAGUUUUUAUACUAGACAAAUAUUUCUUUUAUAUUUAAUUCUGAAGUUCGUCUAUAUUGUAAAUAGAUAUGUCUGAAAAUCAAUUUGACACCAAGAGAAUCUAAAAUAGUUUUUUUUUUUUUUUUAACAAUUUCUGAUGUAGUGAUGUUAUAAACCUCUUCGCUGUCACUGUAGCAACUGGACUAGUUAAAAAUAUUAAUAUACAAGCUGCCAACAUUUUGGAUUAAGUUAUUGCAUAUAUUGUUUUAAAUGAAAAAAAAAUCACCAAUCAAAAAUAAUAUAUUAAUAAUUAAUACCAUGUAAAAUAUAAAUAAUUAGUUUUUGAUCAUAUCUCAAUGAAUUGCCUUGGUUGUCGCACUGGUUGAUGUAUAGAGUAAAGUCUAUAGGUACCCAUAUAUAUUGUUGUACUGUGCUCAAGAAAUAUAUUAUUGUUUGGACAAUUAAGAGCUUAUAAGACAACAGUACAAAAAUAUUCAAUCAUAUACAAAUUAUUAUAACUUUUAAUUAUAAUUACCUACUAUAAUAUUUAAUACACAAUUGUAUUGAUGUAUUAGUAAAUAUACUCAUUGAAUAUUGCAGCUGUUAAAACUUAUGUGUGUUUUUCAUAUAUGUCUGAAAUUAUUAAUUUGUUAAAUUGGUAUGCCAUUAAGAUUCUUAAGAAAUUAAAAUUGUCAUUAUUCAUAAUUUAUGAUUACAGAAAAAUGAAACUGGGAUGAUAAUCUAAAACACUAUAAUACUAUACAUACCUAUAACCCCAUUUUUGUCAUUGUCAAUAGGUAUUUAAUUAUAUUUAUAAAAUUAAAUGCAGAAGGGUUAGGUACAGGGAGGGGAUAAUAUAUUAAUAAACAUUUAACUUAUUACGUAUUUUAAAAUGUUGAUAUAUAAAAAAAAUUUAAAAAUCUGUUAUAUUAGACCAGUGUUUCUCAACCUUUGUAUAAUGGCGACACACUAUUAAAAUAUUUCAUACUUUGCGACACAUAGUAAAAAAAAUAAGAAUAAUAGGUAGUAUUAAAUAUUUAUAAUUAGUUCAUAAUAUAUAAACUUAAAAACAACAAAGAAAAAUAUAAUAUAAAACGGCAUUUUAAUGAGAAAUUUGUGACUGAUAUUUCUUACAUAAUGUAUCAAUCUGUGGUGAAAUCUUCGAGAAGGCGACUCUUAGCUCCUCUUCGACAUUAAUUAAUCUUUCCCUUUUUUUGUUUUUAAUUUCGUUCAAAGCAGAAAAAGCUACCUCGCACAAAUAUGAUGUUACGGAAUGAGCCAAUUUUGUUAAACUCGGAUAUUCUUUUUUUGUGUAAAUCUAAAAUUGAGCUCGGGCUCGAGCUCAUUAAAUUUCAUUUGAAGAGUGCGAUAGUUUUUUAAUUCAGCAAGUUCUUCUUCCUCUUUUAAUGAAAGAUGUGUGGUUUCUAAACUAUUUUUUCGUCACAAAUGAAACAAUAAGGAAUAGGACAAUGUUCGUCGCCGACCCAAAAAAAUCCUAAUUUUAAAUAAUUUUCAUUGUAUUGACGAUAUUUACCUUUGAAUUUUUUAGAAGGAUUUUCUGAUUUUUCUUUAAAACUUGACGAUGCAUUUACAGAAGGUGACGAGUUUUUUUCUGUUUCCAAAUUGUCUUUAUCUGUAUUCUCUCUUACUACUUGUAUUUUUUUAAUCAAAAAUGUAUCCAUUUUAUUUUAAUUAGUAGCAAAAAAUUAUUAUUGUUGGUAAAUUAAGAAAAUAGGUCUAUUUGACUAUAGAAAUAAAUGACAACUGAGCAUAGAAAUAAAGUGAGUUAUAGAUACGGUGCAUGUUUUCAGUAUAAUUAAUAUACUAUACGUAUUCACUGUUUAAAAAUAAACGAAAAUAUCGAAAAACCAACAUUUAUCGAUUGAAGGGAUUACACACUAUAGGCGAUUUGAACGCGAUUAAUCAUUCAAAAUUACGAUAAUAAUAAUAACCCAACGAUAAUAAUAAAAUUUAUUUUAUGUUGAUAGCUGAUAAUCUAUUUUUAUUCAUCAUGGAAAUUAUACCAAAUACCUAUGAAUUUUUGAAAAUAAUUAAUAGUGUUAAUGAUACUUGGACAUUUUGUCAUUUAAUUUUAGUACUUCACGCGACACAUUUGGACUUGCUCAGCGACACACCGGUUGAGAAACACUGUAUUAGACCUUUGCAUGUCAAAUGUCAAUGUAAAAAUUAUGUUUUUAACAAUUUCAAAUACAGUCAGUAUCAUCUAUGACAAUGGUCAGGAGAUCGUAAAAUUAUAUCAUUAUAACAAAAUUUGAUUUUGUACAUUUACAUACAUAAUUUACAUUUUGGAGGGGCCUUGAAAUCAACAUUAUUAUACCCCAUAUGCUAUUACGACCACCGCCGUUAUAGAUGGUCCAAUUGUUAUUAAAAACAAAUAAUGACCUAGUUUUUUAAGUUGCAACUCAUUGCUGUUUUUAAAAUGGCACACUAGAAUUUAAAUCCCAAAAACUAAUAAAAAACUACACCACAAAACACAUUAUGGAACCAAUAACUAUACAUUGGCAUGUUAAA